CUACGACGACCCAGCAGCAGCAGCAGCAGCAGCAGAGUGAGAAGGCUCGCCUGACGCCCCAGGUUGCUGGUCUCCCUGCCCCGGAGUGUCCAUCACAGCGGUGAUGAUGUCGUCAAAGUCAUCAUUGGGCACCGGUGUCCUGCAGAAGGGGCACCUCCGCGAGAAGGGUUCGGGGUGGGGGUCAUCCGGAGUCGGCACACGCGCGGGCUGAUCACACAACACACGAGAUGAGACUAUCUGUGCAGCAGGCAUCCUCUUUGUCAAUGCAUCCGUACUUGUCUUUGUCUCUGUAGUGCCCGCACACACGCAGAGCAGAUGUCGUUGAGGCAGCAGAUGGUCCGCAUCCGUAUCUUGUACGGGACGUUGUACGUGUCUACACAUAUCGGGCACUGAGAGGGCGACAGGUCGGUCCGAUCAGGGGACACUGGUGCCGGUGCACUGACACAAGCAAGACAGAGACCAUUCCAACUGUGGUCGGUCAUCCCCCAGGCCCCCCACGCCCACCUGUCGUCCACAUCAGCAGGGGCAGCUUGCCGGGGUGCCUCCAGUGCAGCACCAGCAGGUGCUGAUGGCCUCCCUCCCUCAUUCACGCGCCAUCGUCUUCGCCGGGGAGGAGGCGCACUGAAGAGAACACACACACCAAACAGCACAGUGAAUGGCACGCCGUCGUCUGGUGUGAUUGAUGUGGUUGCUACCCGUCAGGUGUGUCUUGGAGCAUCUCUCAUUGUCGAGAAAGUGAUAGCGUCGUCCCGCACCAUGAACUGUGCCUUUGCCCUUUCGGAAAUCCAGGAGGG